GCUUACGCCUCGACCUUCCAUUGCCUUGUGGCCAGGGUCGAUAUGAGAUUAGCCGUCGAUGGCAACUUGAUAAGCUUGGCCUUCCCCUCCCAUCUGCAUCAUUGCAUUAGCAAACCGAAAUCCCCCGUGGCCACAAAAUGCGCGCCGAUCACUCUUCAGAGCAUCCAUCACUCUCCAUUCUCAUUCGCAUUAAGUCCGCUUCCCCGAUAGACGUACCCAUGCUUCACGCUCCCAUCCUUAUCAUCGGGGCUGGCAGCUGGGGAGCGUCCACCGCCCUUCAUUUGGCCCGACGGGGUUAUACCAAUGUCACUGUCUUAGAUGCGUAUCAUCAGCCAUCCGCCAUUUCGGCGGGCAAUGACGUGAACAAGAUAGUCUCCUUCACGGACCCUCCCGCCGAGGACGACCCCAACUUCGUCAACAAGACCUUUUUUGCCGCACUUACUAGGGGCUUUCAGCACGACCCGGUGUUCAAGCCACAUUUCCACAAUGUUGGGAACAUCACUUCAGCUUUCUCCCCGGGCGGUCUCAAGCAUAUUGGACGGCGCGACCGCGGGGGCGACAUAGUGGAGCUCAAUGACCCGGAGGACUUCCGGAAGGCAUUUCCCUCGGGUAUUUUGACGGGUCCCCUGCCAGGUUGGAAAGGAUAUUGGAAGAAGACAGGCGCUGGGUGGGUGCAUGCUCGGAAUGCACUCGUAUCAGCCAUCACCGAAGCCAAAAGGCUUGGAGUCACCUUCAUUGGAGGCGACCCCGAGGGAAGAGUUGUCCGUUUACUAUUUUCGUCCGACACUGAACCCCGGGAUAUUGUAGGGGCCGAAACAGCAGAUGGGAAGCAACACUUUACUUCCAAGGUCAUUCUAGCUGCUGGUGCAAAUGCGGACCAGUUUCUUGAUUUCAAGAAACAACUUCGGCCAACUGCCUGGACCCUGGCUCAUAUUCGCAUGUCACCAGAGGAAGCCAAGGCAUAUCGCAACCUACCGGUCCUCUUCAAUGCCGAUCAGGGCUUCUUCAUAGAACCAGAUGAAGAAAAGCACGAGCUCAAGAUCUGUGACGAACAUCCAGGAUACUGUAACUGGAUUGUUGGCUCAGAUGGCGAACGACGAAGCGUUCCCUUUGCACGUCAUCAGAUCCCCGUUGAGUCGGCUGAGCGAAUCCGCGGUCUCCUGAGAGCAACGAUGCCCCAGUUGGCGGAGAGACCUUUCUCAUUCGCCCGGAUAUGUUGGUGCGCCGACACGGUCGACCGAAACUUCCUUAUAGAUUAUCAUCCUGAUCAUCCAUCCUUACUGCUUGCAGUUGGGGCAUCCGGUCGCGGAUUCGCCCAUAUUCCCUCGAUCGGUGGUUUUAUUGCUGACCGGCUCGAAGGGAAGAUGGACCCGAGGGUUGCAGCUGCGGUUCGUUGGAGACCUGAGCAAGCUGUGAAUCGGGAUUGGGAUGAUACGCAAAACAGGUUUGGAGGAGAGUAUAGGGUGAUGGACUUUCAGAAGGUGAAGGAGUGGACAAAUAUCCAAGAGUCAUAACGGCUUGGUAGUUCCAAGAAUGAGCACUGCAUAAGUAUGACUGACACAAGGUGAUUUGUAAAGCUUUGCGUCCUCAAUCGUUCAGUAUUAUGAAAUCUAGAUUGAUGUCUUUCCUAGUGGUAGCUAUGCUGGUCAUUCGGAGAGUGUCAGAUAUAUAUUCAGCGGAUUCAACAUAGCGCUGACUUUCUCACGAGUU